UAUAACUAUGGGUUCUGGACAACAUGAAGUCCAGCUGUAUGGUAUAGCUGUCCUGGUCGUUGUUGGAGUGCUAUGGAACACAUUCAACUUGAUAACAACCAUGUUCCAGCAGUGGAAGGCUGGUGGUGUCCAGACUGUGGGACUGAUCAUCUCCACUAUCUCCCUGGGUAAUGUUUUCCUGCACCUCUCCACCUUUGGCAUCGUAGUCACUAUGUGGCGUGGGGUGUUGUGUUGGGAUGAUCUACCCAUGUUCUUCUGUGCCAUGUUGUAUGUGUGGCUGAGCAGUAGCUAUUUGAGCUUCUGGUCCAUCGCCUGGCUGAGUGUCCUCUAUUGUGUGAAGGUGGUCAACUUCACCUCUGAGCUGUUCGCUAAGAUCAAGACAAACAUCUCACCCAUCAUCAACGUGGCUCUUGCAGUGACCUUCCUGAACUCCUGUGUGAUGUUUUCCCCCUUCUUAUCCCUUAAUUACCGUAACGAGUCAUACGUAACACCUGUGACAAAGAACACCACCUGUGUGAUUAAGACACCUCUAUUCCCCACUUGGAUCAACAUGAACCUUUAUGUGCUAGUCUUCAUCUGCUACCUGGCUCCAUUACCUGUGAUGGUGAUGGUUCCCUCCUCCAUCAGACUGGUGGUCCAUCUCUGCAAACACACGCUGGAGAUGAGAAAGAACAAGACCGAUGUUCAGAGUGCUGACUCCUACCUGCUGGUGUGCAAGCUUACUGUGGCCCUGGUGGGCGUCUACAUAACCACUCUGACCAUCAUCUCCCUGUUCUACCUCUCUAAACUAUAUGGCUCUGACAUUAGCAUUAACUCACUCCUGCUGGGUUACUCCUUCUAUUGCAUAGCAUCAGGCGUUCUCUUGACUAUCUCCAAUAAGAACCUGCGGGAGAAACUCGGGGCUCUUUUCUGCGGUACCAAGGCAUCAAAUGCAUCAAGCAAAAGCCUGAGUGGAGAAACUGGGGCAGCUUGA